GUGUGUGUGUGUGUGUGUGUGUGUGUGUGUGUGUGUCACAGACUAGACGGAGCAGUGAGAUAAGGUUCCACUCUGCACGCGCACAGAUUUCGGUGUAGAUCUCCGGUUCAGUGUUUUAUUUGUCGGUAAACAGCAUGAGCUCUAAUUUCGCUUUAUCCAGAAGUUUGCGCAGAACCGGGAGCUUCCCAUCUGCCAGAACAGUCCGGAUUGUGAUCCUGGGACAGGGUGCAGUCGGAAAAACAGCUCUGGCUGUGCGCUUCAUCACCAGGAGAUUCAUCGGUGAAUAUGAUCCAACUCUCGAGACCAUCUACAGACACGAGUUGGCUAUUGGGGGUGAAGCUGUAAACUUUGAGGUCCUCGAUACUGCAGGACAGGAGGAAGACGCACUUCUGAUGGAAGAGAAAAUUAAAUGGGCCGACGGCUUCCUCGUAGUUUACUCCGUCACCGAUCGCUGUAGCUUUGAUGAAGUUAUGCGCCUUUGCUUCCUGGUUAAUCACGUCCACAGCAGAAGAAGCUGCCCUGAUCCUCCACCAAUCAUCAUCGUGGCUAAUAAAAAGGACCUGGAGUUUGACAGAAUGGUGUCGGUGGAGGAGGGCGAGAGCUUGUCACACGGCCUCAAACUCCCGCUGCGGGAGAUUUCUGUUCGUGACGGCUGGGAAGAAACGGCCAGCGUGUUUCAUGCACUCUAUGCAGAUAUACUGCAGCAAAUGGACAAAUCGCCUCCUUCCUUCCGAAGACGUGGUGUCUCCAGACUGAUGGAGAAAAUUCCCAGAAUUCACUCUAACGGAGCUCUGGGGUCCACAGGCCGUAGUUUCAGCUUCAGUUCAUUUAGAGACCUGCUGCCUGACUGAGAAGCCUGAAGCCUGGUCAAAAAAAAAAAAAGACGUCUUUCAAUUAAUGGCUUUUAGUCAGAAGUGUUGUAGGCUUAAAACAAAAAAAAAAGAAACUCUACAAGCUGUGCUUUUUUUUUUUUUUUGGACUGAUACGCUGGGGAAGAACAUUUCAAUGAGAUAAAUGUUUUUGUUCGAGAAGAUUUUCAUUAAUGAUGGAACUAGCAGGAAGGUCAGUCUGAUAGCAGGAAGGUCAUAAGAUGGGGGUGCUAAAGUAGAAGAAAUGACAAGGCUAAUACGAGUCUUAUUAAAAUGAUAACCUUCACAAAUUCAGUGGACAGUAUUCAGAAACUGCGCUUUUGUUAUUGAAUAAUUCUAUCGUUUUUGUGCCUUGAAAAUAAACUCAGCUUUUCAGCUUCCGAACCCCACCACCAUUUGCUUGUUAUAGAUUUGCUUGGUUUUAGGUUUAUUAUAAGCCACAAUGGAGACACUGGUACCUUAAAGCCUUCUUUUUGGAAACACUUGUGUUUAAAGGAACAUCAUUAUCUUCUGCAUGUGAUGGCACCUGAAUAUACGUGCUUUAUAGUUGAAAGAAAACAAAAAAAAAAGCCUUUUGUGGAAAAACAGCAUGUAUCCAUUAUUUUAUGUCAUGGGUUUUCAAUUGAGUUUAAGAUUUCGUGACAAAAAAAAAAAAAAGGGAAUGUCUUUUGCUUUUGUUUGGGAGACUUUCCAAAGGCAUCACAACGAGUGUAUUCUCUAUUUAUUUAAAGAUUAUAACUGCGUGUCGUUGCGAAAUAAGAAAAAACAUUAUUCAUUGGAUAAUUACAGGUUUUAAGCUGAAAAUACCAUUGUAGGAUUCUGCAUAGAAUGCUUACGGUUCUCCAAAAUGGUGUAUCCAAAGAAUUCUUGAAUGUUUUGUACAUGCCAUUUAAUUGACAAAAUGUUCUGGGUUUUUAUUCAGGUCAUUAAUUUGGACUCCUGCUGUACUUCAGAACAUUGAGGAACAUUUCUGCAUGCUUUUAGCUCUUUUGUUUCUUAUGUAGGAAAAUACACAAGUAUAAUUAGACUUUGGACUUUGGAAAUAAAAGGACUUUGAAAUUGUACAUGUGGAAAAAAAAGUCACAUGAUGCAUUUGAUUUAAAACACACUUGCCAUGUGAUGUGUUUAUGAAUGUGUCAAAAGUGAAUGGAUGAAAUAAAACCAUAAUAUUUA